AUGGGUUAUUUGAGUAAAAUUCCCGAUUGGAUCGAGUCCGGAGUUUCGGGGGAAAUAGUGCCUCCGCCGCCGAAGAAACUGAAGGCGGAGACGACUCCAGACUCUGAGAGCGAUCCUGACACGUUUAUGUACACGGGAAGGAGAUUCCGCAAACCUAGAGCAGGGGAUCCCGAAUAUGCUCGACAGCACGAGCAAUUUUACUACGAAUUCGAAAGGAGCGAGGGAUUCGAGAUUAGUUGGGACAAAUACGAUUAUCCAUUCGUCAGUUUCAAUUGGUCGUGGGGAGUACCUCUUGACUAUUAUAUGAGCAAUGACGAUUUGGUCAAAAUGGUUACACAGUAUGCCAUCGACGAAGAGAACCAAGAAGAGGGAACAAAUGUAGUGCUUCAUGAGAUUGUGAAUGUCAAUCUGAUUCCGUGCAAUGGUUUUGUGUUUUGCAUAUCAUUUUGGGGGAAAGAUCUGUCCCUUUCUAACCCAGAGCUGAAGCGUUAUCAAACAAAGGUGUGGAGAAAUGUUACCGAUGACAUCGAGGUUGAGAUAUUCAGGCUUCGUCCAACCGAUGAAGAGAUGGCGGCUGUUUAUGUGGAGCCUUUUCGACCCAGGAGGCAAGUGACAAGACCUACUUAGGUGAUUUGCUUCUCGAUUCUCGGUUUUCAAAUCAAACAAGCAGUAAGUGUGUUAAUGAGAAUUUAGCUAUUUGGGGCGUGGGAGAUCAUUGGAUAGCUUAACAGUUUCUCUGGGCAACUCAUGCGUAUAUUUUUUUGGGCAACGGAAGCUAAUGUUCUAAUGAUAUAUGUUGAAGGUGUAAUAAGGCGUAUAUCCAUAUAGAAAUAGAACCAUUUUAGAUCUC